AUGAAUGGCUACGGGUCACCCUACCUCUACAUGGGGGGCCCAGUACCCCAGGCAAGAGCGCCCCUCCAAAGGACGCCCAAGUGUGCUCGUUGUAGAAAUCACGGCGUGCUUUCCUGGUUGAAAGGACACAAACGGUACUGUCGGUUUAAGGACUGUACUUGUGAGAAAUGCAUUCUGAUCAUUGAGCGCCAGCGGGUCAUGGCAGCUCAGGUGGCGUUGAGGAGGCAGCAAGCGAACGAGAGUUUGGAGAGUCUCAUCCCGGAGUCCCUGAGAGCUCUCCCCAGUCUCUCCGUGGCGGCUGGAGGCAGCGAUGGGACCCAGGGAGCACCGCCACCCACUACCAGUAUCGAUCUACGAUGGACGACAGAGACAGUAGCCAAACCACCAUCACAAGUAGCCGAGCGCAUGAAGCCGGAUGUGUCGGAGGAGCAGUCAGGAGCAGAGAAUGGAGGGUGUGGCAGUGACAGGGAGCAGGACCAGGUCAGUUCUCCUGAGGAGCCCAAACCCAAUCCCUGCUACAGCCCUGACACCCCUGAGACGUCAGCCCUGUCUCAGCCAGAGGAGAAUCACUACAGCUUACAGAGACCUGGUUCUGACCCAGAUCCCAAAGCCGACAGCCCCAAAUACACAAACGAGCCAAGCCUACUCAUAGAGGGUGUGUCAGGCUCAGUGUCACUCCCCUUCAACCUGAAGGCCAACCGGCCGCCUCUGGAGGUUCUGAGGAAGAUUUUUCCCACACAUAAGUCAGCUGUUUUGGAACUGAUCCUGCGGGGUUGUGGUGGGGACCUGGUUGGCGCCAUUGAGGUUCUUCUCUCUAGCAGGUCAGCUCUGAAGCCCGAGAAGACUUCCACAGAGAACGCUGACCCCAUAGUCCUCCCAUCCAAUGGGCACCUUUUUGAACACACCUUGGGGUCCUACCCAGUGUCCUCAUCCUCAAAAUGGUCAGUGGGAUCAGCGUUUCGAGUUCCAGAUUCACUGCGAUUUUCCUCGGAAUCUUCUGGAGUCCUUCCAGGCCCGUUGGGAAUGCCCCUGCAGCAGAGUUUUCCCCAGCCCCCCCGCUACCCCCUCAUGCUGCGCAACUCUCUGACCCGCAGUCAGUCGGGUCCAUUCCUGCAUAACGACAUCACACUGUGGAAUACCAUGACGCUCCAGCAGCAGUACCAACUCCGCUCUCAGUAUAUAUCUCCGUUCUCUGGACCACCCUCCGGAGUUUUCCGCAGCUCGCCGCUUCUGCCCUCCCGACCUUCAGAGGAUUCCCGGAUCACCCUGCAGGAAGAUAACUGCCCACUGGUUCCCAAACAGACUGUUUAUGGCGCCGACGAGGAAUACGAGGACAGAUCGGAUUCGUCGGAGUCAAGAAUACUGAAUACAUCAUCGUAA